CUGAAUGAUGUUUUGAGCUUAUUGUGUAUUUUUCCCUUUGGAUUCCUCUAUAUAGUUCCAUAGAUAACUCCUGUCAUGACUUCUAAGUGUCUAACACACUUUGUCUUCUAUCCCAUCCUGAAUCUGAGCUAAAUACAAUACAUCAAACAAGGCAUUUACAUACUACAGUUUUCUCAAUCAUGGACCUACCUGCCUCACAAAACCGGGUUCCUUGCACUACGCCACCCUUAACCUCCAUAUAGUAGAUCACCUUGUGAGGUACAUGGAUCUCUAUCAUUGAACACAGCCUCCAAUGCGUUUUAGUGAGUUCUAGGGUUGAAUUGGUGCCAAGGGUAAAAGAAAACAAUGGAAAAUGAAAAAGACAUUGCAGAUGGCUCCAAAAAUAUUGGGAAAAUCACUGCAAAUAUCAGGAGAUUCCGGCAAGUCAGAUGGUUUGUUCUUCGGAUUCUGGUGACCUUGUCGGUGCUGACAUUAGCACACCCCUCUCAUUGGAACAUAGCCUCCAACGUGUUUUAGGAUAUAUACGUGACAGUGUAUUUGAUCCUCGUCGUUGGGUUGCUCCUGGACAGCGUUUUUAUGGCCUAUUCCCUGUAAAUGUGGGGUGGAUACUCCAGAAGUGCCUUUGGAUGCAAAAUUCCAUACUGAAGACCCAAAGUUAUGAUUGGAAAUAGCUGUGAUUAAGGUCAUAGAUGGAUGAGUUUAAAAACCAUGGCUGAUUGUGUUGAAGCCCUCAUAGGAGCAUACUAUAUUGGUGGUGGAAUAAUUGCUGCACUCCAUCUGAUGAAGUGGCUUGGAAUUGAUGCUGAACUUGAUCCCUCAUUAGUUGUUGAAGCAAUUACUACUGCUUCUCUACGGUCCUACGUCUCAAAAGAUAAUGAGGUUGCAACCCUAGAGUCAAAGCUUGGUUAUGAAUUUUCUGUUAAGGGUCUUUUACAGGAGGUCAUAACACAUGCAUCCCAGCAAGAACUGGGAGUUGGCUAUUGUUACCAGGCUUGAAUAUCUUGGUGACUCGGUGUUGGACCUGCUUAUUACAUGGCAUCUCUAUCAGAGCUACACAGAUAUUGAUCCAGGGUUACUUCUAUGUCAACUAACAGAAUAUGUGAAGUCUAUUUCUGAAUCUCAUACUGAUGGAUCACUCCGAGGCCCAAAAGGUCCUGAGGCUCUUGGAGAUAUGGUGGAAAGUAUUGCAAGGGCAAUACUACUUGACACCAAGCUUAAUCUUAAUGAAGUUUGGAGAAUAUAUAAGCCCCUGUUAUCUCCAAUUGUGACCCCUGAUAAGCUUGAACUGCAUCCAUUUUGAAAACUGAAAGAACUAUGUGCUUCUCGUGGGUAUUUUAUAAAAGAAACAUUUAUAAAGAAGGGAGAUAUGGUGCAUGCCGAGCUUAGUUUACAGCUGAAAGACGUCCUUUUGAUUGGAGAGGGAUAUGAGGGGGAGAAAAAAAUUGCAAGAGGAGAAGCAGCUUGUCACUUAUUUAAAAAACUUGAGGAAAGAGGAAUUGUAUUCACCUGAAGUGCUUCCAAAUAGAGAAAUCUGGAUGCGGACCAUAUUGACGAUUCAACUGCUUCAUACAUGGAAAUUGAUGUAUGUGAUCAAUUAACUGAUGAAAAUCUUUCAGAGCUAGCGAUCAAUAAAAAGCGAAAAUCAACUGAACAUCAAUUGCCCUCCGAGUCAACUAGUGUUUCUUCUCCAACCAAUGAUUGUUCUAACAUAGACUGCAGUCCUGACAGUGGCACCCGAGGCUUGCACCAUCUAUGCAUUAUUUUUCUUGUUUUGAUACUGAGAGUGAUGGAUCGAAACAAUGCCAGAGCAUUAUGUAUUAAGAUAGUCAAUGUGUGUGGCAUUCAGCUAUUGCAUUUUGAUAUUUGCUUCUUA